AUGGCUUUCGACGACAGGCGCACCUCCGACGGUGUCCACGUGCGUGACCGAUCCAGCUGCGACGACCUGCCCGCGGUCAUGGUGGAGGUGCAGCUGCCGGACUGGAUCCAGCAGGGCCUGACGUCGCUCCGCCGCCACCGUCACCUGCACCACGGUCCAUCGGCAAACUUUCCCGACGUCUGCGGAGGUGACGGUGGAGGUGACGGUGGUAGUGAGGUCCUGGAGGAGAAGAUGAAGCCGGUGUGCAAGUGCCACGGCGUGUCGGGUUCGUGCACCACCAAGACGUGCUGGACCACGCUGCCCAAGUUCCGCGAGGUGGGCUCCGCGCUCAAGGACAAGUACGACGAGGCGGUCCACGUGGAGCCGGUGCACGGCGGCCGCUACCGCUACCCCCUCUUCCUCAAGUUGAAACGCUCGCGCGCCCACCGUAAGCCUCUCGACACGGAGCUCGUGUUCACCGAGCGCUCGCCCAACUACUGCGAGGAGAACCUGCUGACGGGCAGCUUGGGCACGCGCGGCCGCCUGUGCAACCGCACGUCGCUGCACGCCGACGGCUGCGAGCUGCGCUGCUGCGGCCGCGGGUACAACACGCGCGAGUACACGCGCUCGUGGAAUUGCAACUGCAAGUUCCACUGGUGCUGCCAUGUGCUCUGCGGCACGUGCAGCGGGAGGGCAGAGGAGUACACGUGCAAGUGA